GCCUCUACAGGGGUCUUUUCUGCUCAUGUCACUACAUAAAACUAUCAGAUGGUUAGAGGAAGGCCAUGGAGGCAUCCACUUAGCUCGUCUUAUCAAGGACGCCAAAUGAAGUCUAUUCAGCUCUGCUAGCGGGACAAGCUGACUUACUUUGCAAGAAAGACUUACAGCGGCCGUCACUCCAUAAAUGUGCACCGUCCGCCCGCCUGCACACUGCAGAGGCGCUCAAACCUGGCUGUUUUACGCACAACGCUGCUCCGGCUUCGCUUGUGUUGAAACUUUUCUCAGCGGUUGUUUUCAUGAAGAGCGACAAGCGUUCGCCAAGGAAUUAAGGGAGACUACUUUUUAUUGCUUUUUUUUUUUUUUUUCCUUUCCUGAAAAUAUCGAGGAUGCCUCGUCCGGGGAGAAACACGUACAGCGACCAGAAGCCACCUUACUCCUACAUCUCCCUCACUGCCAUGGCGAUCCAGAGCUGCCCGGAGAAGAUGCUGCCUCUCAGUGAAAUUUACAAGUUCAUCAUGGAUAGGUUCCCUUAUUAUAGAGAAAACACUCAGCGGUGGCAAAACUCUCUGCGGCACAACCUGUCCUUCAACGACUGCUUUAUUAAAAUCCCCCGGCGCCCAGAUCAGCCAGGUAAGGGCAGUUUCUGGGCUCUGCACCCCAGCUGCGGGGACAUGUUUGAGAAUGGAAGUUUCUUGAGACGCCGCAAAAGGUUCAAAGUGUUGACUUCAUCCGAUCACUUGGCUCCGAGUAAGCAAUCGGAUGCUGCCCAUUACCUCCAGCAGCAAGCCAAGCUGAGACUGAGCGCCCUGGCAGCCACUGGCACACACCUUCCCCAAAUGUCAACUUACAACCUCGGAGUGUCUCAGUCGUCAACUUUUAAGCACCCCUUCGCCAUCGAGAACAUCAUCGCCAGAGAGUACAAGGUCCCGGGAAGUCUGGCUUUCUCCACCAUGCAGUCUAUGUCUGCCGGGUACCCGCUCCACAACCAGCUGACGACAGCCUGGCCCCACAUGUACAACACCAGCGUGAUUGACACGGCGGCCCCAAUCUCCAUGGCAAGCGGCGACUACAGUGCCUAUGGCAUGCCCAUCAAGUCCCUGUGUCACGGGGGACAGUCCUUACCGGCUAUUCCUGUGCCAAUCAAGCCCACCCCGACCUCCAUGGCCGGUUUCUCGGCGCUACCUCCACACAUCCCCGCGUUUCUAUCAAACUCUCCACAGUCUCUGAGCCCGACGUCCCCACAGACAGCGACGAGCCAAAGCAGCCCCGCGACCCCGAGCGAGACUCUGACGAGCCCCUCCACACUGCAGUCUGUGGCUGUGCACUGACCAGCUCAACUUUCCCAAGUAACACGAACUGCUGGCUGGCUCCCAGGCCCCCCUUUUACCAAUUCCAAAGUUUAUAUUUUCUGUCGUCGGAAACUAUCAAGGCGAGUUGCAGUUGCAUAUCGAUUUAUUUGUGUAUGUGUUGAAUGUGUCGCUUUAAAUUGUCAUAGAAGUCCAGCACAGAAUCGCACAGCGAAGUAUUGCUCUUGAAAAUAUAAAUUAUUUGAUAGUUCUAUUUUUCAGUUUAUUGUGAAAUGUGAGUGUUGAAAGUGGAGCCACGGAGGGGAACCAGGGGAAGUUUGCUUUGGCACCAUCAACUCUGAUUUUUUAAGUGCUUGUAAUUCCCGUGGCAGUCGUUCCGUUUGAUCAAAUAGCAAACCUUUUGCACCGUUUCCGUGUGACCACUGUAAUGUCAAUGAAAUUGCGAGGCAAUGGCUCUGUGUUUUUGUUUGCUUUUAAUACUGGAAUGAUGGGUAAGGGUAUACCAAAUAGGAAUAGGAUUUAGAUUUGUUCUUACCAUCCCUGUAAAAAAAGAAAGCAAACUGAAAUUUUUUCAAAAUGGAAAACUAGUAUUGUGAGACGUCCUCAAAAUGCAAGAUGUGAAUAUUGCAAAUAACUGAUACUGAAAUGUUGUAAAAUGCACUUUUUAGUUUUAUGUUUUAGAUAUCUAUUUUCCAGAAAAUGUUCUGUGAAGCAUUUUAUUUAAAAGGCUGUGGUGACCAUGUGUAUCAGAUGCUGUAAAUUUGUACUUUUUUUUAGGUAAAGCAUGCAUUCUAAAAAAAAAUUGUGUUGUUACUGUUGUUGUUACUGUUGUUGUUUUUGUUUGUUUAUUUUUUGCAAGCAUGCGUGCUUUCGAAAAGUGUGCAAACAGUCUGCAAUGAAUUGGAAAAAAAAAAAGCUGGUCAUCGAAAUAUUUUCUCAUUAAAAGUGAAGUAAACAAUCAAAAAUGUUUCCGAAGAUUUAAUCAAAGAUAAUGUCACGUAUUAUUAUUGUUAUUAUUAUUAUUAUUAUUAUUAUUACUACUACUACUACUACACAGUAUUACAGUUAUUAUUCAACUGGCAGAACAUCUUUUUUUAAUCGAAUAUCACUCUUCAAUAUUUUAUUAUUACUAACAAUAUUAUUACUAAUAAUACUAAUAAUAAUACUACUUUGAUAUGUCUUCUAUCCAGACCUGUAUGUUUUCAGAGUGUGAGAGUUGCAGAGUGGCAGUGGGGAGAGAAAUGAAUCGUGCAGUCGAUUAGGAUGCAUGGAGUUGCGAUGCCAUGGUCACAGCGCAGACAACUGGGCUCAUUCAUCAAGCUGUAGGCCAAACACAAUUAAGCCCAACAAUAAACAUUAAGAAAAGCUGCAUACAGUGUCCGAAUUCAUAUUGUUACAUAUCCUCGACUUCCAAAUGUUACAGAGGGAAUUUAAAGUGUCAUGUUGAUUUUUUUUUCCUCCCCUCCGUGCAACCGACUAUUUGGAGCGUUUACACGUUUUUCUGGGGGAAUUUUAUUCAACAGGUUUUAUAUAAAUACGGACAGAGAGAUAUCUAAAGGAACCGCAAAAUAUAGUUCUCUUUCUUUUAUUCGAUCAGUUUUUAAAAUUAAAAUAACGCGCUUUAUCUGCCUCCCCUAUAGAAAGCAACAGCCUAUUUCGGGGUAUUAAACAAAUACAUUAGAAUUCCGUCACUUUAUGCAAUCGAGUAGAUCAAAUAAAGGGUCUCGGGCCACUUCAUUCUCCCUCAUUCACUUGAAUUGAAAGUGCAAAGAAUAGCAAACUUAGACUGGGCCACCAAUGUAGAUUUAGCCUUUUUUUCAGCAAGACAAAAAGACUGAUUUUUCACAAACACAUUGCUGACUGGGGAACUAGGAAACGAGCUGCAAGACCCUUUUGGAAUUUAAAUCCACCCCUCCCCCAUGGACUGUUUGGACAACAGUGUUAGUUUUUUUUUUUUCCUCCCCACUUUGUGCAUUUGUGUGUGUUAACAUUAAUUCUGACUCUGGAUGAUUAAAUGUAUUGAAACUGCAACGCCAGAUUACAAGCUUUAAUUUUGAAUCUGAUUUUAUUCUUUUUCCGGCUUUGUCCUUGCAAAUACAUUAAAACCACAUUAACAAACA